CUUGCCGGCUCCUUCAGCUUCCGGUUGUUCAACCAGGAUGCUCUGAUCGAUGCCUCUCGCUCUCCUGAUAGGAGUCCUGUCCCCUUGCGCGCUUCGGCACGAGUAGAAAUAUCCUUCAUUCCUCAAUUGGCCGGCUACAGCACACUCGCGCUCAACUCCUCCAGUUCCACUGACAAUGGCCGUCGAGAACAAGUCUGUGCCUGCUUCACCCGUGGACCACGCCUAUGCGGAGGUCACAACUCCCGAGAUCCACACCACGGCGCUUGAGCCGCAAGAAUUGGAAGCUCGGCUGCGUGUCCAACCCACCUACAUAUUGUACACUAGCGCCCUGCUUGCCUUCGUACUGCCUCUUCAGUACGGUUGGUCUACCUCGCAACUUAACUUGCACAAGUUCAACAAUGUCGACGACUGCAAUGCUCGUCCGGUUGCCGAGGGCACGUGCAUCAUGUUCCCAGGCCACACCAAGUUCCAGUGGACUAUCGUUGUGAACGCGUGGAUUUUUGGAGGCAUGAUUGGUGCCUUUUUCGUCGGCAAGUUCGCUGACCGAUUCGGUCGCAAGCAGGUGUUGAUCUACAACUGUGGGUUCAUCAUUGCUGGUGCCAUUAUCAUGGCUGUAGUGUCGAACUUGUGGGUUUUUGCGGUCGGUCGUCUUCUUGCUGGUAUCGCCUCGGGUGCCACGACGGGCAAUGUCGGCGGCUACAUCAACGAGAUCUCACCCCCACACCUUCGUUCGCUACUUGGUGCCGUUCUCCACAGUGGUAUCACUGUUGGUAUUUUGUUAGUCGCGACGACGUUUUUCUACAUGGAUUUUGAAAAUGGUUGGCGAUAUAUUGCUGCGUUCCCGAUAGUACUUGCGGCUAUUUUCCUCAGCAUGUCGCCGUUCCUGAUGGUCGAAUCGCCAGUGUGGCUGCUGCUGAAGGGCCGUCGUAAUGAUGCCGAAGCCGUUCUCACUCGCCUGUUUGGAGCCGAAAAUGUUCCCGUGGCUCUGGAGUGGAUCGAGUCCAAGCGCAAGCACGAUAUGGAAAUGCAAUCGAGCGCGUGGAGUGAGACUGGCAACGAGGUUAUUCGCAGCGGCAAAGGUGUACCGUUCUCUGAGCUUAUUGCCCCCGCUCUGCGUCGCCAGUUCAUCAUCGCCAUUGGCGUUGCUUGUAUGCAGAAGAUUACCGGUAUCAACACGGUGUUCUACUACUCGUCGGACCUGUUCAGCCAGGCUGGAUUGAGUAACGCUCGUGUCAGCACUGUUAUCAUUGACAUUGUCAACAUGCUGCCAACGCUCGUGUCGGGCUUCUUUGCUGCUCGCUUCGGUAACCGCCGUAUGUUGCUUUGCGGCCUAGCCGGUAUGUUCAUCAGUGCCAUCGGCGUGACGCUGUCACUCUCGUUCAGUUGGUCGGCUCUGUCGAUUCUGUUCAUUGCGACGUACGUUGGUUCGUUCGGUGUGAGUCUCGGUCCGCUGAUGUACGUGGUCAUUGCCGACAUCUUCCCCGACUACGCCCGUGCUACUGUGACGUCGAUCGGUGUGAUGGUUGCUUGGACGGCCAACCUGAUCGUUGGUGUUGGUUACCCGUACAUUUCGAGCGCUCUCGAUGACCUGGCAUACGUUCCGUUCGUGGUGCUGUUGGCGAUCUCAUUCGUGUUCGUGUUCUUGCUGCUGCCCGAAACGUCGGGCAAGACGAACGAGGAGAUCCAGGACGAGUUCCGCGCCAUUCGCCAGAAGAAACGUCGUGCUGUCGCCGGUAACUAAGCUAGUGUAAGCAACCGAGUGAACGUACUCAUUUUUUUUUU